GCAUACUGAACUGUGAUUUUAGUGUGUUGUUACACCUUUAAUAGUUUUACAGUCCAAUUUUGCAAUCCUUUCUCAACAACAGAGUAAAACUGUGCAUUUCUUGAGGACUUUGUUGAGGACGUUUUAUUUUAACGAUCAUAACGAAUGUUUAUUGGUAAGAAAAAAUUGGAAGCAUUUCCAAUCCUAUCUUUAAAGCUGCUGUUUAUAUCAAGUUGCCAUAGCCAUAAACCUUUUAAUGAAUAUAUCAACACGCCUUUUCAACUUUGACAGAUUACCAUUGAGGGACAAAGUCUAAGUAAAGGGGUAAAGGUAAAAAUGUAAUUUAGAUAGGAGAGGAGUGGCAGCAAGGACAAUUGACGUCCACUGUCAUAUAUAAGAUCCCUCACAUCUCCUUAGUCCUUCACUCUCAGCUGCCAAGCUCCUCUGUUCCAAUACGUGCCACUUCCUCCUCUGACUGAUCAGCACACUUCUUUCAACAAUGGAGCCCCUGAUUAGACGCCAGAGCUCUCAAACUGUUGGUUUCUCUGGUUACUCUGGAGUCGUUGGCAGACCUCUGUCGAUGGCCAACUCCUACGCUCAUAGUGUCAGCGGAGGGGCAGGUGGCCAUGGGACCAGGAUCUCCACUGUCUCCUAUAGCAGUCGGGUUGGCAGUGGCCUCGGUGGCAGUUCUGACUACCGAGCUUUAGGAUCCACCUCUGGGACACUGGCUAUUGGAAAUGAGAAGCUAGCCAUGCAGCACCUGAACGAUCGCCUGGCCAGCUACCUGGAGACCGUGAGGAAUCUGGAGAAGGCCAACAAAUCACUGGAGAUCAAGAUCAGAGAGGUCAUCGAGCAGAGAGGACCCUUGAAAGGAAGCGACUACAAUAAGUAUUAUGUUAUCAUCUCAGAGCUGAGGGAAAAGAUCUUUAAUAUGAUCAAGGACAACACCCAUCUUGCAAUUUCUCUUGACAACGCACGUCUUGCUGCAGAUGACUUUAGAGUCAAGAUGGAGUACGAGAUGUCCAUAAGGCAGGCAGUGGAGGCUGACGUAAAUAAACUAAGGAAGCUUCUGGAUGACACAAAUGUUAUUCGUCUGCACUUGGAGGGAGACAUUGAGUCUCUGAGGGAAGAGUUGAUCACUUUGAAGAAGAACCAUGAAACGGAUGUUGCUGAAUUGCGUGCCCACAUUACCCAGGUUAACGUCAAUGUGGAUGUUGAUGCUCCUAAAGGUCAAGAUCUGGCCAAGAUCAUGGAGGAAAUGAGGGCUAAGUAUGAAAAGAUAGCACUGAAGAACCAGGAGGAACUCAAAGCAUGGCAUGAAACUCAGAUCACAGAAGUACAGGUCCAGGUAACUGAGAGCUCAACAGCAUUAAAGGAAUCCACAAGUAUGUUGACUGAAGUUAGGAGGAAGUAUCAGUCAAUGGACAUUGAUCUUCAGUCUGCACGCAGUCUGAAAGAAGCCCUGGAAGCUACCUUGCGUGACAUUGAGAUGCGUCACAGCAUUGAAUUGGAGAGGUACAACUCAAUCAUCUUGAGGGUGCAAGAGGAGCUGAGUCAGAUCCGCACAGACAUCCAGCAAACCACAAGAGAAUACGAGCACCUGCUGAAUAUCAAGGUGAAACUGGAGGCUGAAAUCGCUGAGUACAGGAGGCUACUGGACGGUGGAAUUGAACUGAAACUGGAAGAUGCUGUUGACAAGAAGACGGUGGAGAAAAAAGUGGUGACGGUCACUCUUGUGGACGGCAAAGUGGUGUCAGAGGACAUUAAAACCACCGAAAAGAUUGAAAUUAGUUAAAAACU